AGUGCGGGGAACUGUGACACUUUGUUUUUAGCGAACUUAUCGAAUAACAAAACAUUUAAAUAUCCCUUGCAAACCAAUAACCUUCCCCAGGAUUUAAGGUUUAUUUUAAUUAAUUAAGGGAGAAGGACAUCUAUAUUCACUGUUCUUACACUUUUUAAAGAAUGUGUGAGACAGCUAACGUUAGCUACGCUAUCUUGCUAGGCAAAUUAUUAUUUUAGCGGAAGGAGACGGACAAAAGAUUUUUUUUACUUUGGCAGACUGUACAGACACUAAGUCCAUGCUGAACGUGUCAUCACCAACACAAUGCCCGUUUUACUUUUUCUGAUAGACACGUCCGCUUCAAUGAACCAGCGCACCCAUCUGGGCACUACCUAUCUGGACAUUGCAAAAGGCGCUGUUGAGACUUUUAUGAAGCUCAGAGCCAGAGAUCCGGCGAGCCGCGGAGACAGGUAUAUGUUGGUGUCUUUCGAGGACGCUCCCAAUGGAAUCAAGGCAGGCUGGAAAGAAAACCAUGCUACAUUCAUGACAGAACUAAAGAACCUGCAAGCAGUUGGACUUACGACUGUUGGCCAAUCAUUAAGAACAGCUUUUGAUUUGCUCAAUCUCAAUAGAUUAGUUUCUGGGAUAGACAACUAUGGACAGGGAAGGAACCCUUUCUUCCUGGAGCCCUCCAUCAUCGUCACCAUCACGGAUGGGAACAAGCUGACCAGCAGCAGUGGCGUGCAGGAGGAGCUCCACCUGCCCCUCACCACACCGCUGCCGGGCAGCGAGCUGACCAAGGAGCCGUUCCGGUGGGACCAGCGCCUGUUCGCCUUGGUCCUGCGCAUUCCGGGACACGCCGCCCCCGGCCCGGAGCCCCUUGGGGGCGUCCCGCCCGACCAGUCCGCCAUUACUCCCAUGUGUGAGGUCACUGGAGGUCGCUCCUAUAGCGUGCUCUCCCAGCGGAUGCUGAACCAGUGCCUGGAGUCUCUGGUGCAGAAGAUCCAGAGUGGAGUGGUGAUCAACUUUGAGAAGACUGGGCCUGACCCCCCACCUGUGGAAGAUUGUCCACCAGAGAUCGUAAAACCGGGGCCCCAGCCUUGGCACUGCUGCCACAAGCUUAUCUACGUGCGCCCCAAUCCCAAAACCGGCGUGCCUCUCGGACACUGGCCAAUCCCGGAGGCCUUCUGGCCAGAUCAGAAUUCGCCCACACUGCCCCCUCGCUCGGCCCACCCGCACGUGCGCUUCUCCUGUGUGGACGCAGAGCCCAUGGUCAUCGACAAAAUGCCCUUCGACAAGUACGAGCUGGAGCCCUCGCCCCUGACCCAGUACAUCCUGGAGAGGAAGUCCCCUCACACCUGCUGGCAGGUGUUUGUGUGUAACAGCGCUAAAUACAGUGACCUGGGCCAGCCCUUUGGCUACCUUAAAGCCAGCACUGCUCUCAACUGUGUCAACCUCUUCGUCAUGCCAUACAACUACCCUGUCCUGUUGCCCCUACUGGAUGACUUGCUUAGAGUCCACAAGUUUAAACCCACUCUGAAAUGGCGGCAGUCUUUUGAAAACUACCUGAAGACGAUGCCUCCGUACUACAUUGGGGCCCUUAGGAAAGCACUGAGGACAAUGGGAGCUCCCAACCUCCUCGCCGACAACAUGGAGUACGGCCUGAGCUACAGUGUAGUCUCAUACCUCAAGAAGCUCAGUCAGCAGGCUAAGGUGGAGUCGGAGAGGGUCCUCGCCUCUGUGGGGAAGAGGCCAGCUCCGGAGGGAGGGAUCAAGGUGCGUCCUCGCCCCAGCACUCUCUCCCUCAUCCAGCGCAAAGACUUCACACAGCUGCUGCAGAGCAUUACCGCAGAGGUGCCUGUCUGUCCCCUGGAGCUCAACCCAAAGGAAUUUGCUGGAUUUCACCUGGGCACACUCAACAAGAACGUGAAGCCACAGAGUUUCCGGAACGCCUACGACAUUCCCAGGAGACACCUACUGGACCAGCUGACUCGCAUGAGGAGGAACCUGGUGAAGGCCGCCAGAUGUUCCCUGCGAGGCCAAGAUGAAGACCAUUUGCACAGCGUCCCCAUUGCGCAGAUGGGCAACUACCAGGACUUCCUCAAGCACUGCCCCCAGCCACUGAGGGAGGCAGACCCAGACCAGCCCAAACGCCUGCACACCUUUGGGAACCCCUUCAAGCUGGACAAGAAGGGGAUGAUGAUCGACGAGGCGGAUGAGUUUGUCUCCGGCCCCCAGAGCAAAAGCAAGCGCCCCGGGGAUCCCAGCAUGCUCGGCGGCAGCGCCCCCAAGAGACGGCGCUGCAUGUCCCCGCUGCUGCGCCCCGGGCGUCCCUUCUCUCCUUUCCUCACCAAUAGCAACCAUGUCGGAGGGAGCGGUCCCCCGUCCCCUCUCAGCCCAUCAUCCACUCCCAUGGCCAACUGCACCAAGCUGAUGCCCAUUCCCAAAGCUCCUGAACCCAACCACAAGAUGCUGGACAGCGUGUUCGGCAACCACAUGGGGAACCGCUACGACCCUGAGAGGGCUCCCGACCCCGUGGAUCACCUGGGGCCUGAGGGUUUUCCCGGUUUGGCGCGGCACGAGCGGAUGAACCACUCGAGCGAGGGGGAGGACGAGUGGGACGGGCCGCCCGGCGCCGGCGGGCUCUCGGAGGGCAGCGAGGACGGGGACUUCGGCCCGGAGGAUGCACUGCGCCCCCCCUCCGCGGGCCAGCUGAAGAAGCUGAGGAACAACGAGGGCCAGCAGUACAACGCGGAGCUGAGGGUCCUCAUCACCAAGGAGAUCAGGAAGCCGGGGCGACGCUAUGAAAGAAUCUUCUACUUCCUGAAGCAAGUCCAGGGAAGCUUGGAGACGCGGAUGAUAUUCCUGCAGAACAUUAUCCGAGAGGCUGCCAGGUUUAAAAGGAGAGUCCUGAUCGAGCAGCUGGAGAGCUUCCUGGAGGAGCUCCACACACGGGCCAACCACUUUAACCACCUGGACGCAUUCUGAGAGUCUGAUGACUGACCCCCUUCAUGGGCGUGACACUCAGUGCUGGAGCACUGCGGGUAGCUGUGUCUCCAAGGAGCAGGUUCUGGGCACAGACACACACGCACACAAACA